ACAGUUAAAACAGCAUGGAGUUUAACCAAACUCUAGGAUUCUGGGAAAUGUAGUCCCAGAAGAGCACCAGAGCAAGACGCUACCACUGAGGCAUUCUGGGAAUGUAAAUUCCCGCUCCAGCGGCUGCCAAAGUCGCUUCCACUUCCGUAAGUAAGCCAAGGCGGCCUGGUGGUGCUUCAGGUGAAGUGAGAUCUUGGAGCGUUCUGUGGCCCUGUACACUCUUGCUCCCGCUCGCUUCCCAGAGCCCUGCCUUGUCUCAAAGAGAAGAGAACAAUGACCAAGUUACAGGAGGCCGUGACCUUCAGGGAUGUGGCUGUGGUCUUCAGUGAGGAGGAGAUGGGGCUGCUGGACGCUGCUCAGAGGAAGCUGUACCUCGAUGUGAUGCUGGAGAACUUCAGGAACCUCCUGGCCGUGGGAGGCCAGAGACCAAAUAAGAUGGAGACUGUUGAUGCAACAGGAUUAAGGUGCCAUUCACUGGGGCAGCUUUUCUGCUGGGAAAUAAAAAGCCAUGAUAUCAACAAAGUGGCCAGAGCUCCAGAAGCUGUAAUCAACAUUCAGGGAAAGGGUUCUCACUUCUUGGAGCAAUGCCACUCCUCCUGCCACAGGGUAUCAGAAGAGCCUUCCCUGGCUUCUGAGAAUGACAGUUCUUUUGAUAGUCUGACAAGUGACCAUUCUAGCAUUACUGAAAAUCAGGAAUUUCUGUCUGGGAGAGCCCGGGGUUCUUGGAGUAAAACACAUCUUAGGAAAAGACAGAGCCUUCAGAAACAGUGUGUGCAGACUCUGAUGAAAAACAAGCCACAGCUGUUGGCUCAGCAGUCCCCUGUACAUAGUACACAGGAGGACACCAGGCAUAGCGUCAGUGUCCCAGUUCAACAAAGCACUCAUCCAGGAAGAAAGCGCUACUGGUGUCAAGAGUGUGGCAAGGCUUUCAGUCAAAGCUCAGCUCUCCAGACUCACCAGAGAGUGCACACAGGGGAGAAACCCUACAGGGGCAACAGCUGUGGGAAAAGCUUCAGUCAUAGCUCUGAACUCAGCAUCCACAGCCAAGUGCACACUGGAGAGAAACCUUACAAAUGUAAAGUGUGUAAGAAGGGCUUCAUGCAGUGUUCACACCUCCAGGCUCACAAGAGAAUUCACACAGGAGAGAAGCCAUAUAAAUGUGGAGACUGUGGCAAACGGUUCAUCUGUAGCUCGAACCUUCAUGUCCACCAGAGAGUCCACACUAAGAACAAACCGAACAAGUGUGAUUGUGGGAAGCCCUUCAGCUUGAGAUUGAACCUCCAUAGCCAUCAGCGGAGCCACACAGGAGAGAAGCCAUAUAAAUGUGAAGACUGUGGGAAGGGUUUCAGUUCAGCCUCAAGCUUCCAAAGACACCAGCGGGUCCAUACAGGAGAGAAGCCAUUUGUCUGCAAUGUCUGUGGGAAGGAUUUCAAUCGGAUCUCAUACCUUCAGACUCAUCAGAGAGUGCACACGGGGGAAAAGCCCUAUCAGUGCGACAGCUGUGGGAAGGACUUCAGCUGCAGCACGGAUCUCAACAUCCACUGCCGAGUGCACACUGGAGAGAAACCUUACAAUUGUGAUGUGUGUGGGAAGGGCUUCACUCAUUUGCCGCACCUCCAGGCCCAUGAGAGAAUUCAUACAGAUCACAAGCCAUAUAAGUGUGGAGACUGUGGCAAACGCUUCAGCUGUAGCUCGAACCUCCACACCCAUCAGAGAGUCCACACGGGAGAGAAACCUUAUAAAUGUGAGGAGUGUGGGAAAGGCUUCAAUCUUGUCUCUGGUCUACAGGCUCAUCAGAGAGUCCAAACUGGCAAGAAGCCAUUCAAAUGCAAUGCAUGCCAGAAGCGAUUCAGUCAGGCCUGGAAUCUCCAUGCCCACCAGAGGGUUCACACAGGGGAGAAGCCCUACAAAUGUGACACCUGUGGGAGAGGCUUUGGCCAGAGGUCUGGUCUCCAAAUCCAUCAGAGAAUUCACACUGGGGAGAAGCCAUUCAAGUGUGAGGAGUGUGGGAAGGAAUUCAGCUUAAAUUCUGGGCUUAUUGCUCACCGGAGAGUCCACACGGGAGAGAAACCCUAUGAAUGCAAGGAGUGUGGGAAAGGCUUCAGUCUUGCCUCAAGUCUACGGACUCAUCAGAGAAUUCACACUGGCGAGAAGCCCUUCCAAUGCAACGAGUGCCAGAAGCGGUUCAGUCAGGUCUCACACCUCCAGUCCCACCAGAGAGUGCACACUGGGGAGAAGCCCUAUAAAUGUGACAAGUGUGGGAAAGCUUUCAGCCAGAAGUCUGGUCUCCAAGUCCAUAAGAGGAUUCACACUGGGGAGAAGCCAUUCAAGUGUGAGGAGUGUGGGAAGGAAUUCAUCUGGAGUUCAGGGCUUAGUGCUCACCGGAAGGUUCACACAGGAUAGAAACCCUACACAUGUCAGCAGUAUGGGAAGGGUUUGAGCAGGCCUCACACUUCCAAUUAACAAUCUGUUCCAAUGUAAACACAGCAGGAGCAUUAUAUCAAGUCUGUGAGAAAAUAAUUGGAAACAAAAUGUAAGUUAGCUAGUAUACAGUGAGAAAAAGCAUUAUGACACAUGGUAUAAUUAUACAAUUAGUCAGAUAGUACUCUGAUAGGAAAUGAUACAUGUAGAUUUAUAUUUAACAAUUUUAUACCCCUAUAUCCUCUGGAUAUAGAAUUAGAAGUCCAAUCAGAUGCAAUUAGGAACCAUGUCUGCAGUAUCUUCUUUUGAUGGGGGUCUCUGGCAUGGGUGGAGAGUCUCCAGAUGAUGGUGGAUGCAGUGGUCAAGAAGGAAGUGGCAGGUGUGGAAGUCUCUGUCCAUGGAGAAGACCUGGCACAAUCAAGUGGUCUGGCAUCUAUAGGGUCCUAUAAAUUAAGAGCUUCUCCUGAAAAAACAUCUAGUCUUUUUUGUCCAGUUAGUAGGUCUUUAUUUUAUUAGAGGCUUGAGAUUUUUAAAGGAGGACUUAUUUUUUGUUCUGUGAUAAGAGUAUGUGUGGCAUGAGGUAGUCAAACUGCUCUAUGCUUCCAACAGGUUGUACUUGCACACCUGCCCAAGAACUCUCUGGAUUCAUCAAUGAAAGCUGCAUGCACUCACUAGUUAAUGUUGAUAUGCCUUGGCUAGCUCAAAGGCUGGGCACUUCUAAUCCUUCCCGUGGCUAGCAAACACUCCCCUCCAGUAUUCCAGAGCUAACAUCCUUUAAAAUCUAUAUUUCAUCUCUGCUACCCUGGACCCAAUCAGGGAAGUUAGGGCCACUUACCCAAUUUUUUACAUGGCUACUCCAUCCUAUGCCUCUCUCAUGGAGAUUCUGAUUCUUCCCCUCCUCUCUCCCAAGCCCUGGAAUCCUAAAAUCGCGCCUCUGUCUGUCCUGCCUAGCCAUUGGUUGCUGGCAUCUUAUUUACCAAUCUGAACCACCUGAGGGCAAGGUAUCUCAGUGUCUUAAAUACAGACGCUCCUGUAAGCAGUUUUAUAAUUAUAAUUAACAACACAAGCAGCAUUAAGCCAAACCCACUUCAAGGAUGAGUAAUUGUGAUCUUAUUUGUAAUUUAUAUGUCUGUCUUUUAAGGUCUGAUGAGCUCAUUUCAUAAUAGCAUGUCCCUGUGAAGUGUAGCUAAUGUCAGUGGAAUAUGAGAAAUUAAGAGCCAAACACCAAUUUUUAAAAAGCUUUUUAACUUCAAGCAAGGGUAUUGUCUGAGUUUUAAAAGCCCUUGGCAUAUCCAAAAUUAUAAAAUAAUGAAACAAAUGCUUUAUCGUAUCUUUGAAAGUUUCCCCAGAUUAGACAAAGGCAUAAAUAACAAUGAGAAAGAACUAAGUGUCCAUACAUACAAGAAUAAAGGCUAACUUUCCAAAAGGCAGGACAGAUGUACCAUUUGUCUGUUUUAAAUCACAAAGAUUCAGGCUUAUCAGGGAUUAACUCCCAAGAGGAGCUAGCAGGAGCAGUUUAACUGAGUCCUGUAUGAUUUUGCUAAGUUGCUUUUGUAGGAAAAGCAACUUUUUGUCAAGGAACUUAUUUAAUCUUUACCUUUAUGCAUAGGACCCUGAAGCAGAGAAUGAACUUGAACAUGUCCAAUAGAGAAAGGGCAAUAUCUUGAUUGAAGCAAGGCUUCUAAUUCUGCAAGUUGGGGCUAGAAUCUUGAAAUAGCUAUAAAACAGUGGACUGAUUUUUAAAAGGGCUUGUCUCUAGUAUUUAAAAGACAACUAUAGUCAUUAGCUUCAUUUGUUAUGAAAAGGGUUUUUUUUGUGUGAGGAAAAUUUCUUUAAGAUCUUUAAUAGUUAAAGUACCCUGAUAUCUAUCUCUCUUCCUCCCUCCCUCUAUCCUUCUCUUCCUUUUCUUUCUUUCCUUCUUUCUGUCUAUUCAUCUGUCUGUCACUGUGUCCACUGGCCAGCCUUCCUUCCUUCCUUCCUUUCUUCCUUCCUUCUUUCCCUCCUUCCUUUUUUACUUCUUUACUUCCUUCUUUACUUCCUUCCUUCCUUCCUUCCCUCCUUUCGGUUAUUUGGGCCCAGAUUUUGUUGAUGUUUAUUAUAACAAAGAACAAUUGUUAAAGGCUUUGAUUAUUUGUCUCUGCUUUAAUUUUAUCAAUUUCUGCUUUGAAUUUUUGUUUAAUUUUUCUGCUGUCUACUAAACUUGGGUUGGAUUGUUCUUGUUAUUCAGAACUCCUGAAUUAUAUUUUGAAGUCAUUUAUUUGUGCUCUUUCUGGUUUUUAAAUCUAUAUAUUUAGAGCUUUAGAUUUCUAGGACUGUUAUUAAUGUGUCUCAGGAGACUUGUUUUAUGGUUGUAUUUAAAUCUAUUCCCAGCAGGACAUAUAAUUUUGAAUUUUUGAUUUUUUAAUCAUUCAUCAUUAGUAAUAUGUUCUUUAGUUUUCAUGAAAUGGUUUAAUUACUAGAGAUUUGUUUGUUGUUGAUUUAAAGUUUUAUAAUAUUGUGGUCAGAUAAGAUACCUGGAGAUAUUUCAAAUUUUCGAAUUUGAAAGGUUUCAAAAGUUCAUGCCUGACCUGGUGCCAAGUGCCUCUCCCUGUGUUAUUUUUUUUUGUUGAAUUGUUUCUUCAAACCAUUCCCCAAUACUCAUAAACAUUUCUCAUGUUAACUCUUUCAUUUCCCUCUUUUUUUCAGACAUCUUAGAUAACUUUUUGAGCCAAGUUUAUAUAUAUCCAUUCAUCCGUAUAUCCACAGUAAAAAUUCGUCUUUAGUUAGGCAGGCUCUGGCUAUUUUAAACCAAUCACGAGGAGUCCCAAGCAAUUUAAAUUGCAAAGGUUCCUGUAAGUGAUCCUUAUCCUCUUUGUCAUUUUCCAUACUGAAAGAUUCUCCCUAUUGCUGAGCUUGGCAUGCAGCAGCAGCAAAUCCAAUAGGCCCCUUCGGUUUCUUUUUAUGUUUUUUCAGGGGGUCUUGUGGAAUCGCUUAUGUUUAAAUGGUGCAUUGUGGACCAGUUGUAUUUAUGAUGUUUUGUUAAUUUCUUUUCUGAGUUAGAUUCCUCCUCUGAUGUUCAUUUUUUCCUCUUCUGAUUCAUCACUAUCCUCUCCUGAGCUCUUUUCUCAGACUUUUCUGUGGAGGAAUAAACAUUGUUUUUAGAUCCCAA